AAAAGCCCAGGUGUCAACGGCAAGGAGUGCGCAGAAGCUCCAGACGACUGAUGCCUUGUCAUAUCUCAAAGUUGUGAAGGAAAAAUUUCAGGACAAAGGGGACUUGUAUAAUGAGUUUCUUGAUGUCAUGAAAGAGUUCAAGGCUCAAAGAAUUGAUACAUCUGGCGUUAUAGUAAAAGUGAAGGAAUUAUUUAGAGGGGAACGGGACCUAAUUCUGGGUUUCAAUGCCUUUUUACCAAAGGGAUAUGAAAUUACCCUCCCAGCCGAGGAUGAACCACUUCUAAAAAAGAAGCCCGUAGAUUUUGAAGAAGCAAUUGGUUUUGUAAACAAAAUAAAGACCAGAUUUCAGGGUGAUCAUCAUGUAUACAAUGCAUUUCUUGACAUCUUGAAUAUAUACAGAAAAAAUAAUAUGUCAAUAACAGAAGUCUAUCAGGAGGUUUCAGUUCUUUUUCAGGAUCAUGCUGACCUCCUUGUAGAGUUCACUCAUUUUUUACCCUAUACUACUCCUGCUGCCCCCGUCCAUCGUGCUCAACCCAUUAGCAAUCAUAUCUUGCUGCAGAACAGUGGAGGCUCUCCCAUGACAAUGACUCGGCACAUUGAGCAGCCUGCUGCAGGAAAUUCAUUUGAUACUUGCCCUGAUUCAGAGCAAUGGAAAAUUAGUAAAGAGGAUAACAAAACCGAGCUUCAUUAUGACGAUAACUUGGACAGUGUAAGAAAAUUUACCGGCGGAGAUGAUUCUGCUAAUGACCAGUUACAUAAAGGAACAGAGGACCCAGUGUCAAUUUUCUGCGGAAAAGUGAAGGAAAGAUUGAAUGAUUCCGAAAGCUACAAGAAGUUUUUGGACUGUGUUCGUUCCUAUAGAAGUAAAUUUGUCACACUGCCUCAAUUUCAAAAGCUGGUAGCUAGUAUACUGGGAUCACAUCCAGACCUCAAGGAACAGUGCGAAGAUUUCAUAAUUUAUGUUGAGAAGACAGGCAGCAAACAAAAUUUCAGAUCUCUAAAGGUAGAUGACCGUGAAGCAGAUGUGAAUAAUAAGGAAGACAGUGAUAAAAAUAUUGAUUAUGACAAUACUGAAAGGGAUAGAUCCGGCAAGGCUCUUGUUUUUAGCAAAGAAGUCCAAGGACAGAAACUGUCCAUUACAAAGGAGAAGUUUAUGGCGAAACCCAUCCAUGAACUUGAUCUCUCUAACUGUGAAAGCUGCACUCCAAGUUACCGACUUCUUCCUGACAAUUAUCCGAUUCCAUCAGUGAGCUGUAGAACCAAGAUUGGUUCUGAAGUACUGAAUGAUCAUUGGGUGUCUGUCACUUCAGGAAGUGAGGACUAUUCGUUCAAACAUAUGCGCAAAAACCAAUAUGAAGAAAGCCUAUUCCGUUGUGAGGACGAUAGGUUUGAACUUGACAUGCUGUUGGAAUCUGUGAACGCAACAACAAAGCGUGUUGAAGAAUUGUUAGAUAGUAUGAACUCUCAUACUGACAAGACUGGGAGUUCAUCUAAUAUAGGUGAUCAUCUGACAGCUGUUAACCUUCGGUGUAUUGAGCGUUUAUAUGGUGAUCAUGGGCUUGACGUAAGGGAUGUGCUUAGGAAGAACGCACCCCUUGCACUGCCAGUUAUUUUAACCAGGCUGAAGCAGAAGCAGGAAGAAUGGGCAAGGUGUCGCUCUGAUUUCAAUAAGAUUUGGGCUGAAAUUUAUGCUAAAAACUACCACAAGUCACUAGAUCAUCGGAGCUUCUAUUUUAAGCAACAAGAUACAAAGAACUUGAGUGCUAAAGCAUUUUUAGCUGAAAUCAGAGAAAUGAGUGAAAAGGACCAGAAUGAAGAUGAGAGGAUUCUUUCGAUCAGUGGUGGAUAUAAACAACCCAUCAAACCUCAUAUGAAGUUUGAGUAUCCUGAUCCCGACAUUCAAGAAGAUCUAUAUCAGCUCAUGAAAUAUGCUUGUGGAGAAGUGUGUACACCUGAACAGCAUGAUAAAGUUAUGAAGAUUUGGACAACAUUCAUUGAACCAGUGUUCAGCAUUCCUUCCCGUUCAAGUGUGGAGGACAUGAAAGAAACUGUCAACAAUGAUUCAGCUAAAACAUUGGCCAAUUUUGGUGAAGGGAAUGGCAUCCUUGUUGGCGAGGCUGCUUCAAAUAUGUCCAAAACUGGAGUUGAUAAUAUUCCAACUGAAGAACCCCGUUGCAGCAGAAUACUAAUGGGACAUGGUGAUAAUGGGGUCAAGAAUUGUGGUUCUCCUAAUGCAGAUAAUGCUGCUUGUGAGAUUGAUAUAUCAAGCAAUGCAACCCAAAAUGGAGUAAUGCGCACAGAAUCCAGCAUCAUACCUGCAAUAUCGGGGACCAGCAAACAAGCUGGUUUCUUUGAGCAAGUUACUCCAAACUCUACAGGAGAAAAGAACAUCAAUAUGGAAAAUGGAUCAAGCAGUGCUAUUGGUGAUCAUGGGACUACUGUAGUGCUGAAUAACAAACCACAGGGUGGUCUUUAUAUGAAAGUUACAUCCUCUUCAGUUGAGGGGAUCCAAGCUCAGAGAUGUCAGAAUGAAAUUAUAGGUUUCGGUAAAGAUGAACGAGAAGAAGGUGAGUUAUCCCCUAGUAAGAAUCAUGAAGGUGGCAUUUUGGCUGCAUUCGGGGAAGUUGCGUACGGUUCUUGUAAUAGUAGACAGACUGGAGGAGAAUCACUUUGUGUUGUGGAGGUGGGCAGAGAAAAUGAUGCUAAUGCUGACGAUGAAGGUGAGGAAAGUGCGAAGGGCUCCUCGGACAGCGAGAAUGGCUAUAAAAUUGCUGAAAUUUCAGCAACUGAUUCAGCCGAUAGAGACGAGCGCUCUCCCGGAGAUCAUGAUGAAGACGAGGACCAUGAUGAGAAUGACAACAAGGAUGCGAGUGAACGUGACUCGGAAGGCGUUGCAGACAUCCAUGAGAAUGAGGGAAUGGUGGCAUUUUCUGGUCAUGUUCUACACACUGUGAAGCCUCUUACGACGAAAUUGCCUGCUGCCUUACAUGUGAAAGAGAGGAACUCAGAGAUUUUCUACGGAAACGAUUCCUUCUAUUUACUUUUCAGGCUUCACCAAAUUUUAUAUGAAAGAAUGCGUAGUGCUAAGUUACAUUCAUCGUCGCCAGAAAAUAAAUGGAGGAUCUUGAACAAUUCUAAUACAACGGAUUCAUAUGCUAGAUUUAAGGAUGCACUACACAGUUUGCUGGAUGGAUCAUCUGAUAAUGCAAAGUUCGAAGAUGAUUGUCGAACUAUUAUUGGCGCUCAAUCCUACAUCCUCUUUUCACUAGACAAACUGAUACAUAAACUUGUCAAACAGCUGCAAACAAUUGCGAGUGAGGAGAUGGAAAACAAACUCAUUCAGCUAUAUUCAUACGAAAGAUCAAGAAGUCCUCGAAAAUUUACUGAUGAUAUUUAUCAUGAAAAUGCCCGUUUUCUUCUCCCUGAAGACAACUUGUAUCGAAUAGAAUGUGUGCCUUCCCCAACAUGUUUAGUGAUUCAGCUCAUGAAAAACGAGCAGGACAAACCCGAAGAGACAGCUAUCUACAUGGACCCUGCGUUUGCAGCUUAUUUGAAUGAUGAACUACUAGCAGUUGCUCCGGAACGGAGAAGAAAACAUAAGAUAUUCUUGAAGAGAAACAAAAGAAAAUUUCAGACUCAAGACAAGAUAUCCGACACCUCCAAAGCCACGGAACAGCUUGUAACUCAUAAUGGUCUUGAAAUCAAGGUUGCUUCCAACACACUGAAGGCUUCUUAUCUUAUAGGUUCGGAAGACUUCUUGUAUCGCUUGAGCAAAAGGAGGAAAACUCAGUUUCACAGCAGUUCGAGCAGUAGCGCUUCCAAUGGUUGUUCUCAAAGAGUUAGAAGAACCUGCAGAUUGAUGGUUGGUUGAAUAGCAAAAGCUUUUCUGCAUCAGUAAUCGAAGGUUAGACUCCUCGACAAAAUCAUAAUGCGUUAACUGAUAACAGUUAAUUGCUGAAAGUGAGCUGAGGCGGUGGCUGAAUCUCGUUUCAACUGUCACACGACGAGCACCGUGUUUGGUGUUGAUGGAAGGAGAGGACUUGGAUAUGUUUGUAGAUAUUUACAUGUGUUGUAGUAAUCUAACAUUCAAGCUGAAAUAUAUGGUCCCUUAUUUCCA